AUGGGGGACUCAACUCAGGCCCCCCGGCCCGUCGGGCCCCGCACUGAGGACUUCACACCCACCCACGACCGGCCCGGGCGGGGCAUGAUGGGGGCAGUCUUGUCCCAAACGAGACCGGGCCAGCACCAGCCCUGCGUGCCCGUGUUCUGGCCGUGGGGCGAGGACGCGGGGAGGCCCCGCGCGGCGGGACCGGCCCACGGGGACCCUCCGCGCCGCCCCUAUAAGAGGGAAGGGGCUGGAAGAUGCUCCCGGGUGCUGAGCGCUGUGCACCCGCCGCGCCGAGCCGAGUCCAGCCGUGCCGGCUCGCCGGGGAGCUGCCGGUACCGACCACCGGCACCGGGUACAGCGCACGGACCGCCGAGAACCGGCACCGGUACCGACACCGGGUACCGCGCGCAGAGUGCCGAGAACCAGGCACAGAGCACCGGGUCCCCGGCACCGCGAACGGAGCGCCCGACGCCGCGCUCCAGGGCCCGGUCAGUGCGCGCUGGGCACCGCACCCCCGACGCCGCGCCCCGGCCACCGGCUGCAGCCCGGUGGCGGUGGCGGUGCCGGCCCGCCCGCCCGCCCGGCGCUUCCCGCGUCCCCCUGCGGCCGUCCUCAUCUCGGAGCCGCCCCGCGCGUCCGGAAACACGCGUGGAUGUAGCGGCCGGGCCGGGGGCUCUGCGGCACCAUAAAUACCGGGACGGCCGCUCGCCCGCGCACUUUGCCGGGGCUCCCGGGGCCGGAGCCAUGCGCGCCGCCGCGCUGGGGCUGGCGCUCCGGGCACUCUGGGCUCUGGCCCUCUCCUCCCUCUCCAACACGCUGGCAGUGAACAACAGCGGGCGGUGGUGGGGCAUCAUCAACGUGGCGUCGUCCACCAACCUGCUGACAGACUCCAAGAACGUGCAGCUGGUGCUGGACCCCAGCCUGCAGCUGCUGAGCCGAAAGCAGCGCAAGCUGAUCCGGCAGAACCCCGGCAUCCUGCACAGCGUCAGCUCCGGCCUCCAGACAGCCAUCAAGGAGUGCAAGUGGCAGUUCCGCAACCGCCGCUGGAACUGUCCCACCUCCCAGGGCCCCAACAUCUUCGGCAAAAUUGUCAACCGGGGCUGCCGGGAGACAGCAUUCAUCUUUGCCAUCACUAGUGCUGGUGUGACACACUCGGUCGCCCGGUCGUGCUCUGAGGGGUCCAUCGAGUCCUGCACCUGUGACUACCGGCGCCGUGGCCCUGGGGGGCCUGACUGGCACUGGGGGGGCUGCAGUGACAACAUCGACUUCGGUCGCCUCUUUGGGAGGGAGUUUGUGGACUCCAGUGAGAAGGGCCGAGACUUGCGUUUCCUCAUGAACCUGCACAACAACGAGGCCGGGCGCAUGACGGUCUUCUCGGAGAUGCGCCAGGAGUGCAAGUGCCACGGCAUGUCAGGCUCCUGCACCGUCCGCACCUGCUGGAUGCGGCUGCCCACCUUCCGUGCCGUGGGCGACGUCCUGAAGGAUCGCUUCGACGGCGCUUCCCGCGUCAUCUACGGCAACAAGGGCAGCAACCGGGCAUCGCGGGUGGAGCUGCAUCACUUGGAGCCCGAGAACCCGGCCCACAAACCCCCCUCGCCCCACGACCUCGUCUACUUCGAGAAAUCCCCCAAUUUCUGCACCUACAGCGGGAAGACGGGCACAGCAGGCACGGCCGGGAGGUUCUGCAACAGCUCCUCGCCGGGGCUGGACGGGUGUGAGCUGCUGUGCUGCGGGCGCGGGUACCGCACACGGACCCAGCGCGUCACCGAGCGCUGCAACUGCACCUUCCACUGGUGCUGCCACGUCAGCUGCCUCAACUGCACCAACACCCAGGUGCUGCACGAGUGCCUGUGA